CUGGGUUUGCUGGGGGAAGAUUGCAUUGCAUUGCAUCUAAGCUGUGUUGGAGGAAUCGUUUUCAUGUUGCUAGCUAUCUUUAAAAAAACAAACAGAAGUGUGGAUUACGUUUUCGUCAAGGGAUAGAUUUUGGAAAGCUUAUUUUCAUUUGGUCACGUCAGUAUUGUAUAUUUUCACGUCGAGUAACAUAUUGCACAAGCGUCUGUUCUCUUGGCCUGGCACUUGGGGCCUUGGACUCAAGUAAAGUUCGAAGCGGACACAAAACUUCUGCUUUCUGAAAGACAGUUAUCCGCGGGGCCGGGGCUCUUGUCGCUGGCCCUGUGGAUGAGGAAGUGAACAUACAGAAUCCACCCAGGAGAAAGGAACCCUUUUGAUGGGAGAAUCCUCUACCCUGAACUCCUGGGUGAAUCGACGCGUCAAGAUGAUGAAUGAACAGGAGGCGCUGAACUCCAUCAUGCAGGACCUGGCCGAACUGCACCGCUCCAGCCGCCCAGCCAUGACCCUAGCUGACCUGGGCAAACCCAAGCCUUCCUCACCCAAAAAUCAGAAUGAUGUGCGAGUGAAGUUUGAGUUCAAGGGCGAGAAGAGGAUCUUGCAGUUCUCACGGCCGGUCAGCCUGGAUGACCUGGGGAACAAGGCCAAGGUGGCCUUUGGUCAAGCCUUGGACCUGCAUUACACCAACAACGAGAUGGUGAUUCCCCUGACCACUCAGGAUGACCUGGACAAGGCCGUGGAGCUACUGGAUCGCAGCGUCCACAUGAAGAGUCUGAAGAUCCUCCUGACCCGCCGGGCCUCCUCUCAGAACUCCACCUCAGGCAUGGAUCUACUGCCUCCACUUGAAGACCUGGACAAUACACGCUUCAGGGCAACAGACAAGAGAAGUAUGCUUGCUUUGAUCGGGUUUAACUCCGGGGACCGCAGUUCUCCUCCACCGGGUUACAUUCCUGACGCCCUCCAGCAGGUAGCGCGGAACGGCUCCUUCACCAGCAUCAACAGUGAGGGAGAGUUCAUUCCAGAAAGCAUGGACCAGAUGCUGGACCCUCUAUCCAUGAGCAGCCCAGAGAAUUCGGCGUCGGGGAGCUGUCCUUCGCUGGACAGCCCACUCGAUAGCGAAAACUAUCCCAAGUCACGUAUGCCCCGAGCGCAGAGUUACCCCGACAACCACCAAGACUUCCCGGAGUACGAUGUUCCAGUGUUCGAGAAGUCGGGGAAAGGGGGUACCUAUCCGCGCCGGUUCCACAUCUCCUUUGGCCUUCAGGACUACACGGAUGGCCGGAAGACGUUCCCUCGGGCACGGCGAACCCAGGUCCACGGUUUUCGCUCCCCGGUCAGCUUCAGCCCCACGGAACAGUCCCCCAGCACCAGCAGCGGCAGCAGCAUCUUCACCCCUGACCUGGAAGAGCAUGGAGUUCGAAGGCGCAGGGGCAGCGACAUAGAGCCCACCCCCGCGCCCACCCUGUCUGUCAUGGACAUCAGCCCGCCCAGCCGCUCUCCACGGGCCCCGACCAACUGGCGCCUUGGUAAACUUCUGGGUCAGGGUGCGUUUGGCCGGGUCUUCCUCUGCUACGACGCAGACACGGGCAGAGAGCUGGCGGUUAAACAGGUCCAUUUUGACCCGGAGAGUCCGGAGACCAGCAAGGAGGUAAGCGCCCUGGAGUGUGAGAUCCAGCUACUGAAGAACUUGUGCCAUGAACGGAUCGUCCAGUACUAUGGCUGUCUACGAGACACCAACGAGAGAACACUGUCCAUCUUCAUGGAGUAUAUGCCAGGGGGCUCCAUCAAAGACCAGCUGAAGUCCUACGGGGCCUUGACAGAAAACGUGACACGGCGAUACACCCGGCAGAUCCUGGAGGGCGUGUCCUACCUACACAGCAACAUGAUCGUCCACAGAGACAUCAAAGGGGCCAAUAUCCUGCGGGACUCUGUGGGCAAUGUGAAGCUGGGGGACUUUGGGGCGAGUCGUCGGCUGCAGACCAUCUGUCUGUCGGGAACAGGGAUCAAGUCAGUGACGGGCACGCCCUAUUGGAUGAGUCCUGAGGUGAUCAGUGGCGAGGGCUAUGGCCGGAAGGCUGAUAUCUGGAGCGUUGGUUGCACGGUGGUGGAGAUGCUGACCCAGCGCCCCCCCUGGGCCGAGUUCGAGGCCAUGGCGGCCAUCUUUAAGAUCGCCACCCAGCCCACCAACCCUUCGCUGCCCGGCCACGUCUCCGAUCACAGCCGUGACUUCCUCAAGCGCAUCUUCGUGGAGUCCAAGCAGAGGCCCUCAGCCGACGACCUUCUGAGGCACAUCUUUGUUCAUUAGCCUCUACCGCCUGAACUUUGACCCCCCCCCCCCCCGAACUGCCAGUGAUGGCCUUUGAUAACUCUCUGUCCCCACCUUGGGCUCCACCCUCCAAGCUCCAGAAGGAAAGCCCCCAUUGGACCAGAGGACUAGGUGAGAGGGUGUCUGUCUCGUGAUAGGCUGAAGGAAAGGUUGCUUGAGGUGGGGACUCUCUCUGUUUUUGGAGACGAACACAGGGGAAUUAAUGAACUUUGUUUGGAGAAAGAAAGUUGCACCUUAAUUUCACAAAUAGGGUACGUUGCCCGACCAAAACGUAAAAAAAAUGACCUUUUUGGAAAUGUUUUUAUUGUUUUUAUGAUGACGAAUAUCUUCUGCUAUCGAUUGUGGAUUGGGACUCACUGUGCAGACUGAGUCUGUGAUGAUCUGAACCUUGGUGUAGAUUUGAGGUGAUGAUGAUGAUGAUGAUCUGGGCCAAGUUCAGGUCAGGCCAACGUCGUGGAACAAUGCAGGUAGAAAUGGCACCGACAGAGGUGAAACGGUAGCAUAGGGCUUGUUUACAUUACGCUACAUUUCCUGAGACCUGUCGUAGGCUCAACACUAGUUUCUGUUGUGUACGCCUGCAGAUAUCGGUAGCUUGAGAUGCCACCUUCCGAGGUCGCAUGCCCCGAGUUUUGCAAGUGUGAAGACAAUUGUAUGGAACUGUAUACAUUUUCUGUGCAGUUUGUUCGAUUUAAAAAAUAAUAAUAAUAAUUCCCCCCACGAUUGAUGCCCACAACCCUGCGUGUUAUGUCUCAGCCAUGGCGGCGUAAAUUCAAACCCUUAUGGAAAUGAUUAUGCAAUCCGUGAUAAGUUUGUCUAGCGUUUUGUCCCUCCCUCGUAAUGUAAACAAGACCUUAUUCUACAUGUCCAAGGCAUGUUUGUUCUAUGUGCUGCAUCUCAUCUGCAUGGCGAACGGCGCCGUGUCCUGCCGGACUCAGUGCAGUCCCGACUCGACAUAGAAUGUACCGCUGAAACCCCCAGAGCACUGGCUACUGUUCUGAACACGCUGCUAUAGGAACCCAAACCUGAACACAGGAUGAGAAUACUCCUGUCCAUACCCCCCCCCC